ACUAUCUCCCAUUUGGUUGUUAAACUUAUGGUCGUACAACACGUUUUCGAUCGAUGGUAUUUUCAUGCUGUUUUAUGAAUCUUAAUAUCGACUGCAGUAACUAUCGUUACAAAGAAUUUUUAUAGGAUGUAUAAUUACAUAAGAUGUCUGGUUAACUCGAUAAAAUAUCGCAAGAAAUUUUUUACGCCGGUGAUUUGUGAUAGGAUUGCAGCAUGUAAUAACAUAUAUUGCACAAAUGUUUCAUCGUUUUGGAAUAACGCAACGUGCAAACGAUUUUACUGUCGAGUUCCGAUGCAGGACGUAAACAUCCCGACGAAUCCCGAUGACAAGAAUAUUGAUGUCGCUCAGCAGAAACUCGAUGAGUUUCUAUCCAGUCCCGACAACAAGAAGUUUUUUGAAGUAUUACAAUUAGAAGUAGAUGUUAUGCGACACGAUGCUGAGAAAGUUCCUGAUAAUAUUAAUACAAAACAAUGGUUGGAACUGUUAGAUAUAAAGACCAGAACACAAAGAAAGAAGUAUCUUAACUACUUAUUUCUCAAUGAAAGAGCAAAACAGAAUAAAAAGAUGAAAAAGGAGCAAAAAAAGGAGGAAUGGCUAGCUAAAAAAGCAGAAAAAGAACCUAAUGAGACAAAAGAUCCUAAUGAGAUCAAAUAUGGACUUUGUCAUAAUUCACUCUUUCUGCGGAUAUAUGACAAAAAUAUCAAUCAUUUCUAUAACUCUAAAUUAAUUUGGGGUAUGAUGUUUGAACCUAAAGUUGUGUUCGAUUGCAGCUAUGAGGAUCAUAUGAACAAUCUUGAAAGUCACAAUUGCGCCAAGCAAUUGACUUUAGCAUUUGCUGUCAAUCGUAUCCAUGAGAAUCCUAUGUUUCUUCACUUUUGUAAUUUAAAAGAGGAAGGAGUACUUAAGAAAUACUUAUGUCGCAACGUGCCUAAUUUAAUGGAUGUAGAUUUUCCAGCUGUUGUAACAUCUCAGUCUUAUUUGGACUUUUUUCCAAAAGAUCAAUUAGUAUAUCUUACUCCACACUGUAGAACCAAUUUGGUCGAAUAUGAUUCUGACAUGGUAUACAUCAUAGGUGCAAUGGUAGAUAAGUCGAAACCACAACCUUUAUCUUUGGCAAAGGCUAAGAAAGAAGGCCUUCGUAUGGCAAGACUACCCGUUGAGAAAUAUCUUGAUUGGGGUUCUGGAUCAACAAAAAAUUUCACAAUCAAUCAAGUGCUUUCUAUAAUAUUAGAUUUGAGGCAUACAAAAAGUUGGGAGAAAGCACUUCAACAUAUACCGAUCAGAAAGUUAAGAGAACACAGAGAAUAUAAGGGAAACCAGAAAUUUCGUUCAAUAUCCAAAUUAAUUGAAGGAAUGGAAAGUUCAGAAAUGAAAAAUAAGUUAGUGGAGGAAAUUCAGAUCCCAAUGAAAUCGUCUAAUGUAAACAAUUUCACAUUUGCCACCAGAAAAGAAAAAUAAUUAUGUAAGAUAGAAGAUGUUUGCUAUGUAAGAUAGAAAAUAUCAUUGUAUGUGUCAAAGAUAUAUUAAAAGACACGUUCAGUUUCAAAAUAAAAGAACUUGUAAUUC